UGUCAACUCGGCGGAAAUGAACUCAGUCAAUCCUCAACCGCAAGAAGAAGAAGAAGAAGAAGAAGACCCACUCCUCAACUUCAUCGACUACGCCAGGUCCGCUCUCUCGCCCGAUACCGACGAAGAUCCGGAUCCGAAUGAGCCGGACACCGCCCGGCCCAGCUGGAAUUGGAUCGCCUCCCGGAUCCUCAAGACCUGCAGCGCCUACUCCAGCGGCGUCACCGCGGCGAUUCUCCUCUCCGAUCUCUCCCAGGCUUGGCAUGAGCAAAGUAGGGACCGGCCGAUGAGGAAGAUGCCGGAAUGCGUGAAGCAGCUGCGAAAGAAGCAUAGGAGGAGGAAGCUGUCGAAUACUGUGACUAUUGAUUCGAUUUAUGACAAGAAUUUCUUGUCAUUGAAUAGUGUCUUGGAGGCGGUGAUUGUCGAUGUUUUUGUUCUCCCCGGCACCAACAUUUAUAUGCUUUCCCUGGGGGAUAUUUGGAGUACUAAUACCAUCGAUCUUUAUCUCCACCGCAGGUACUAUGACUUGAUAAAUCCUACCAAUGGGAUUUUCAAGAAAGGAAGGCAGAUCAUCCUCACGGGGUGCUAUCUUCGUCCUGCUGCUGGAGGAGGGUCUCGUUGUCCGCGGCUGUUGCCUACGGAAUAUCUAGUAGUAUUGUUAGAUGAGGAUGAUGAUGGUGAUGCAAUGCUGCUAGCAGCUCAGUUUUGUUCGGAUACAUUCUCUUCAGUUUCCCUGGAGGCAUUUAGUAAAAAUGCAUCUUAUUCACUGUAUGCAAGAAUUGAGUUCAUUGCCCCCCUAGAAGUUCAUGGAAAGUUUGGGACAUUACAAAGGAAACAGAUCACUCUUGUAGACGAUGAUGGUACCAAGUUACAAUUUGUGCUGUGGGGUGAGCAGGUUUUCCUGACAAAUCUUUUGAGUGUGGGAAGUAUGCUUGCGCUAAGUAAUCCAUAUAUCGCAAGUUCAGCUGACAACAUUGCUGAGACAAGUGCUGAAGUUUCCCUUGAAUUUGGUAGUGCAACACAAUUGUUUUUGGUCCCUUUUGUUCAACACAAGGAACAAGUAUGUGUAGCACUGACACCAAACCGCCAUCAAGGAUCAAGAUUGCUAAGCACAAUAGAUCCUAGUCAGAGUACACAAGUUUCUCAAGUUUCCUUGCCCUGUGAUUCACAUGGAUCUAUUGAUUUCAGUAAUUAUCCUUUUCAAUCCUUUGUUUCCAAUCUUCGUGACAAGAUGACAGGCGUCAGCCUUUAUGGUGUUGUUAGAAGUAUCAUCAAGGAGAGCACAGAAGCUGUCUUCUUAUUAAGAAUUGAAGAUACCAGUGGAGCAAUUUGGACUAGAUUACAAUUUGUGAAAUAUUGGUCACUGGGAAGAUUAAGCCUUGGCCACACAGUCUACAUAUCAGGUCUCACAUGCUCUAUGAAAAAGCGGAAGGGAUUCCAGCUAAACAGAUGCCACAACGGCCUAGAAGCAAUGUGGUCCGAGAGUACUGGUGGAGCUAGUUUCUUCAACCUCAGUAGCUUGCCAGCGUUGCUAAACUCAUCUUGUCUUCAUAAACUAACAAAGCUCUCUAAUCUUUCCAGUCAGACUAGCUGUACUCAGAUUGUUAUCAUUCGGCUUGAAAUGGCUCAGUUUCAUCUCAGUACAAGGUUUUCACAUGCUGUAUGUGGUCAUUUUGUUACUUUGCAACCCAUGGGAGUUACUAAAUGCAGCUUCUGUAAUGAGAAUUGUGAUGAUGUAGUUCGCACUUUCCACCUGAAAGUGACUCUUGCUGAUGAGAGUGGUAAAAUUUUAGCAUGGUGUACUGGUCAUACUGCCAUAGAGAUCCUGCAGAUAUCUCCUGAUGAAUUUUUUGAACUACCUGAGGAAGAACAAGUUAUGUAUCCCUCUACAUUACAUAAUGAGAGGUUCAAGGUUGCAAUUAUUAAUUGCCAACGGGAAGGUUCUGGACCUGGUGAUGCUCUUGUGCUAGAGACUGAGGGAACCUCAUGGGAGAUUACUCGUGCAUUGAAGUGUGAUUAAUGGUUCAAGCCCAAGUGGGAAGUUGAACCAUUAUUUUGCAAGCUCUACCAAUAUUUGGUUGGAAGGGAAUGGCUUCCUAUUAGAUCAAAUGUACGUUAGAGCUAAAACUCUUUAAACGAUAGACCAAGCAGCUCAAUAGACUGCUAGGAAUGUGAAUGAUAAUUCUAUGUC